ACUAUAAGUAAGUAGGUACGGCAGGAUGGAGGAUCGAAUAAACUUUUAGAGUCGUCUGCUGCGCAGUGUGUUGACGUGAAACAAUGCGAGUUUGUCAACAACAUUCGGUUUGACGUUGAAUGUGAUGGUGGUCAUGAGUUUCAUUAAGGAAAGAAUGACGCUACUUCAUUUAGAGAUACAGAUAAGACAAGGAAUUUAGAAAGUACUGUUCGUGAAAAAUGACAAACUCCCUUGAGAUUUUCGUGAACAACCCAAAUAGACGCAAAUUGUACAAAAUUGUGUUUUAGUCGUUGAUCGACAGACGUAAAUGGUUGUUCUUGUAUUUGUAUUUCAAGGGAGGUUAAAACAUUGUAUGAUCCGCACACGGAAUUUAUUCGACUUGUACCAGUAGUUAUGCCUUAGCUUAUAUUCUAACAUGAACGAAGCUGAAAUUAACACAAACAGUUGCCAAAAAUCCAGCACGGAAAAUUUAAUGGAGCCGCUGAUGGAUCACAGGAGAGCAAGAUACCCGUUUUGCAUUGUGUGGACGCCACUGCCUUUACUAACAUGGAUUUUUCCAUUUAUAGGGCAUAUGGGAAUUGCCAUGUCUUCAGGUGUGAUAAGAGAUUUUGCAGGACCCUAUUUUGUAUCAGAAGACAACAUGGCAUUCGGGAAGCCAACCAAAUACUGGCGUCUCAGACCAGAACUAGCGGCAGGAGGAACAAGUGGCUGGGAUCGCGCCGUGAUAGACGCCUCUGAAGAAUACAAGUCAAGAAUGCACAAUCUUUGUUGUGAUAAUUGUCAUUCACAUGUCGCUAUGGCAUUAAACCUGAUGAAGUAUGAUGGUAGUGAAAAAUGGAAUAUGGUCAAACUAGCUUUCUAUAUUCUUUUUAAAGGUCAUUAUGUAAGUUUUGCAGCUUUGUUGAAGACAUGGGCACCCUUCAUCAUCAUUGUUACUGUCGUUAGCGUGGUAUAUGUUUUUACGAGGAAUCUGUGAACUCUAUUUGCAUGAGCCAGACAGAUGUGGACAGAAGCUUUAUGAAGAAAAUGCACAUGUUGCUGCAUGUUUCUUGAGACAAAAACCUGUGCAAUCUGAAUGGGUCUUCCUGACUUAAGUGUGCAUAUUUUGUAUGUAAGUGACUGAAGAAAACAUUCUAGAAGAUUUAAUGUGACAUGAUUGUGGAAAAGAAAUGUGUGAAAUAUAUUAAGUGAUAAAAAACUAA